GGAGUAAUCUGAGGGAGUAAUCUCAGGGAGUAAUCGGUUUUCGAAUUUUUCUGAGAUGUUUUUUCCAAAGUUACCUUUGUAUCGAUAUAGAUACGGCAAAUACUAAUAUCAUCAAUAAAUAAAUAUUUAAUGUAAAAUUCAAGCUUGGAAAAUGGAAGCUCUAAAUAAAAUCAAAUUCGAAAAGGGCCAUAGGGAAACUGUAGAUGAAGCCAUAACAACGGAAGCGGAAGAUUCUGCAAUGGAGCUGGAACCUGACCUCGAAACGGAGAUAGCGGCAAUUCAACAACAAAUGGGACGUGAGGAAUACAUUGAAGAAGAGAUGCUAAUAUUUGCAGAUUUCGAAAAUCAUUUGGCUGCGGAAGAUCUAUCGGAUGCUAAUAUAAGAGUGAAGGUAAUUGGAAUCGACUCAGACAACCCCGUCAUCCAGAUUAACGAUGAUAUCUACCGCGGGUCAUACGAUUUUGCACUAGGGACGAACGUUUUUCUGGAAGAGGAUGAAGUGGCCAAAAGUAAUCUCGAUCCGCUGUACAGUCCUAAUCCGCCCAAGAUGUACAAAUACAGUGGCAAAAGUAAUAAGGUAAUCAAAAUGAAGCGAAUAUUCGCUACGCCCAAAACCGAUGCGACGAUCAAAACCGAACCGGAUGCACCCGCAACAGAGGAAUCGCGUUCGGUUGACAACGAACGGUGCUUGGUAACGCGUUCGUACGAGGAAGCGCUAAACUUGCAUCUGCCACUGGGAGGUCUCCCGCCGCGGCGCAUCGGCAUUGAACAGAACUUCGAACAAGUUGUGCACCGAAAGCCGGUGACGCUUACCAGGGUGGACAGCGAUGUCGAAGAUGACGCAGUGCGGGAUGACCCACGGGAUUUGGACUACAAGCCAGGGAUGGACGCAUGAGCGGCCGCUAAAGAGUUGUUUUAGCUCUACAUCAAUUCGACGCGUUUUGUAUUCGAUUUCCUCACGUGAGACGACCAUGAAACUCAAUUGGGAAGUAUCGGCCAACAUUAUUUUGAAAGGUAUCUUAAGCAUUAAGGAAUGUAGUCUAAGUGAAAAUAAAUACCAAAUUAUUAUAAAUAUA